AUGGACUACACCAGCCUGCGCGCCGCCGCCCUCCGCGAUGGCGAGGACGAAGAGGCCGUCACCGUCGACACCCGCGCCCUCAUCGACAAGGUCCUGGCCAGAUACUCGGGCGAGUGGACGACGCUCCGCGAGCUCAUACAGAACGCCGCCGAUGCGCAGGCGACCACCGUCAGCGUCAAAUGGGAGACGAUACCCUCGAUGCAGGUGCCGCUGCCUCCCAACACGACGAGCCGAUCCGAGCUGCUCAAGCACACCUUGUCAAACCACACCCUGCGAAGACUCGUCGUCCAGAACGAUGGGCAGCCAUUCACGAAGACGGAUUGGGGCCGGUUAAAACGCAUCGCCGAAGGCAACCCUGACGAGACCAAGAUCGGAGCGUUCGGCGUCGGCUUCUACAGCGUCUUUGCCGACUGCGAGGAGCCGUUUGUCAGCUCCGGCAGCGAGGCCAUGGCUUUCUACUGGAAGGGAAACUCUCUCUUCACCAAGAAGUCCCACCUGCCCGAGGACAAGGCCAGCAAGCACACCACCUUUGUGCUCGACUAUCGAAAUGCGACGACGCCUGUGCCGAACCUGCUCUCUGUCAGCCAGUUCCUCGCGACCAGUCUUACCUUUGUCGCGCUGCAGAAUAUCGAGUUCUGGAUCGACGACUACAAGAUCUUGUCGCUCACCAAGAAGUCGUCUCCUAGCGCCGAGCUGCCUCUGCCCCGCGAUCUGGAAGCGCGGACAAAGGAGGGCCUCAUGAAGGUCGUCAGCGUGGAUCGCACAAGCACGCAGAUCGAUGCGUCGUACAUGUCAGUCGUAGGCUGGAAGCCGCAGGCGGCUGCCUCAUCUACCAAGAGCGCCGAUGCAUACGGUUCUGCGGAAGGCCCGUCGUUGAGGUCCUUCUUUGCCCGCCUUACGUCCAGCUCGUCACAAGCUGGCAGCAGGUCCAAGUCGCAGAGCGAAGAAAGCAUCGUGCAGCCCAGGAUCGCCGAAGACGUCACAAAGGUGAACACAUCGGCCAUCUUCCUGCGUGCCACGUCGGCAGCCAUCAAGACUAACGUCUCGGCAUCGUUUGCGUCUGAGCUCGAGCGAGCUACCAAGAAGCCGCCGCCGCGGACCACCAGACUCUCCAUCCUGACAGCGUCUUAUGACGAGACCGAGGCUUCUACAGCGUCAGCAAGCGAUGGCGCAUUCACCAGAGCUACGGACGUGUUUGCUUCGGUCUUGCCGAGCAAGAAGCCUGGCGGUCGUAUCUUCAUCGGCUUCCCUACAAUGCAGACAACAGGAGCCGGAAUGCACAUGUCUGCACCUUCGGUCAUUCCCACAGUCGAGCGAGAGGCCAUCGAUCUAAACGCUCGGUGGGUGCGGACAUGGAACGUGGAGCUUCUGCGGGCAGCCGGCAUCAUCACCAGACUUGCCUUUGCCAACGAGAUGGAUGACCUCAGCAAGCGGCUUCGCAACACGGCUGAGCAGGGUAAGAAGAUUUCCGCUCAGAAUAUCGCAAAGUACAUGCCCGAGGCUCUGCAUACCUUGAAGACAUUCACUUUUGGCGACUCGACCCCGAGCGGGCAGGUCGGGCAGAUCAUGGAGGAAGCUUUCUGGACUUGCUUCAAGAAGGCCUCCAUCGAGAUGUACUCCAGCCAGGGCGUCCUUCAGACGACUCAGGUCCGCCUUGGGUCUGACGAGCUGAGCUCGUUCGUGGAUAGCAUUCCGAUUGUCCCUGAAGAGAUGAAGACGGCCCCGUUCGUGCGCAAACUUAUUGACUUUGGGCUGGUUUCCCACAUCACCGUCACUGACGUCAAGAAGGAGCUUGAAGCAAAGGCCCUCAACAAGUCGCAAGCUACAAACUUCAUCUCGUGGGCCGGCAAAAAGAGUGCCAGCGGAGAGCUGGAUCCCGGCAGCCGAUCUGCUUUGCUUGAGGUCGCCGUAGCUACGAUAGGCCCGGAAGACAAUCAAGGCGAGAUCAUUGCUCUCGGCAGCAUCACGAAUUUCCAAAAUGUCAACAAAAUACCGGCCCAUCUACCGAUACCUCCAACAACAAUCCCCUACGCGUUCACGGCCCACUCAUCAGUGGCGGAGCUCCAUGCCCUCGGCUGGGAGGCGCUGGACGUCCUUCCGUGGUUGAGGUUCUUGAUUGAGACUGCGAGGUCAAGAGCCGAGGAAGAGAGCCUCACGAAAUCACCCAAAUUUGCAGUCCAGGUUUUGACAGUCUUGUCCAAGAACUGGGAUCUCAUCACCGCAAGGGACAGGGAGGCUGUGGCUUCUCUUGUCAAGAGCCACCCAGUCGUGCCGACAAAGUUGGGAAUGCGAAAGCCCAACGAGUCUUUUUUCCCUUCUGUCAAGCUCUUCGAUGACCUGCCUGUUAUUCAGGGAUGCGAGAAGGUCAAAGAAAAGUUCCUGACGGCUGUUGGAGUGCGUAAAACAGUCGACCUGGAUACUAUCUUCACCAGGCUUCUCAACGCAUCCGGCAAUGCGGGUGAGAAGAGGUGGAGCCACAUGGAGUUAAUCAAGUACCUGGCUUCUGUCCAGAAUGACAUUCCCUCAGACGAUCUGAAAAAGCUGAGAGAGUCAAGGAUCUGUCCAGCUGAGGCUGGUCCGAAAGGAAUGGAGCCAACCCAAGGCACGUCGACCUUAUACAAGGUUUCAGAGCUGUUCGAGCCAAAGGACACGCUUCGAGCACUGGGCCUGUCCAUCUUGCAAUGGCCUGGACCACCUGGAAGCUGGCGUGCGAGCAGCGCCGAAGCCCGGUUCCUGGCUCUCCUGGGGCUUCGCACGCAACCCUCUGUUCCUGAGCUUGUGGAGAUGAUGGCCUCAAAGGACAGCUCUCUGCGUGCUUCGGCAAUGACUUAUUUCAUUGCCAACCAUCACAUCAACCGCUAUGCCUCCUUCAACCUCGGGGACACCAGAAAGGCCAUUCUCCCGUUGCAAGGUAGCGGGCAACUUGUCCCACCUGCGGCGUGUUUUACGAAUGAAAGAGCGGCGGUGCUUGGAUUUGACAUUCUCAGAAAGGACCUGCAUGACCAUGCAAACAAGUUUGGUGUCGCCAGAGAUCCCCCCAUGGUCGAGUGUGUCAACAGGUUGCUUGCCAAUCCUCCGAAGGAUCAACGGUCUGCCAUAACUCUAUUCGGAUACUUUGCCUCCCGGAUCAGCGAGGUGCGCGACAACAGCCUGGCAAAACUAAAGAAUGCGCCCAUAGUGCCUGUCAGCAGGUCCACGGCCUCCCGCGCGGCGGAAAAGUCAGGAGGUGUCUCGUACAUCACUCCCACGCACACCUACCUUGGCAGUUCUGUUACGUAUGGCGAAAUUUUCGACUUUGUCGAUUUUGGCCAAGAAGCAAACGCGUUUCUGUUCCACUGUGGAGCGAAGAGCGAACCAACCAAGCUCGAAGUGGCACAUAUGGUGUGCACGGAGCCGGCAAGGUUGCUCAGCGUUUUGCAGAGCCCAGAAAAGUACCUAGAUCUCCUGAAGUCUCUUGCCGAAGUGGCGUCAACACUGCAGCGGGACAAGGAACUCUGGAGGCGCCUGAAGACGUCUGCUUGCCUGCUGGCGUACAAGGAACUCGCAUCUCCCAGCAAAGGGGAUCUAAUCGACUUGGAAGAUGAAGACGACGCGCCAAUCAAGCAGUACCAGCUGGCAUCGGCAAGCCAAAUUGUGGUGCUGGACGACAUCAUUAGCUACCGCCUGUUCAAGGAGCAUCUGAUUUGUGCCCCCGAGGAAGACGCCCUGGAAACAUUCUACCUGCAGCUUGGUGCCCAAAAGUUGAGCAGCCUUGUGCAGGAAGAUGUGCGAAUCGGUCACCAGAUGCUCAACCAUAAGAACGCAGAGCCGUUGAGGAGACAUGUUCUCGAGCGGUCCAAGAUCUUCUUGUAUGAGUAUGCGAACUACCGCCGCGACGCCAUCAAGCACGACACCAAGUGGCUCGAUAAACAUCUUCGCGUGUCCAUGGUCCGCUCUGUGGCGCUACGUCGCAGCCUCAAAGGGCAGCGUCAGUCUCAUACAGAGAAGCGAUCGGCGGCUGGCGCCUACGACCAAGGCGUCUGGACUUUGUACGUGUCGGACGAGUCCCGACCAGACAUGUACCAGAUCGGCCAGGCCGUAUGUCAGAUACUGUUGAGCCGUCCCAAUCAGCAGGCGUAUCUCUUCUUCGAGCCAUUCCUCACACUCGACUUGUACGGCCUGCGCGCGCGCGGAUACAACGUUGACCGAAUUCUCCGUGCCAAGGCCGCCGAGGCGAGGAUUGCUGAGGAGCAGAGGCAAAAGGCGCUGGAAGAGGAGCGAAAGAGGAUUCAGGAGCGGGAACAGACAUGGGCACAACAGGACGGUGAGGCCGGUUUACCCACCGCUGCUCCCGCUGCUCGUGAAGAGGCCCAAACGCCCUCGAAACCUACGAUGCCCGGAUCCUGGGGCUCACCGGAGCACAGCGCCGUUAACAACGCCGGCAACUCCAACAAGGGUGGCGGCCUAUUCUCCAGACUCACUCGUCAGCUGGGUCUCGACAAUCCGACCGAGAACGACGCGCAGAAGCAGCUCGAAAGGUUUGUGGACGCACCCCCGACCCAAACGUCGAGCACAGGACAGCAAUCCAGUACUGGGAAGCGUCCGCAGCAGGAUACGGGCCGUGUCACCAGUCCCGCUGUCGUUCAGCAGAACCUGCUUAAUGCGAUCCACGCGACACGAGCGCAUGGAUCUAAUAGCGUAUUCUCUCAGCCGAACGUCAGCGAGGUGAAGGAGCAGGCGACAUACUGCGACAGCACUCCUGCGACGAACAUCAAUUUUGCUGCGGAGGCGUCCAACGGCAUGAAGGUAUACGUGUCAAAGGACAUGACACGGCCAGCAGCAGAGUUCCUGACUACGAACCUGACCGCCAUCAACUCCUUCGCGGCGUUGUUGGUCGAUGUGGGCAGCAUUUACUCGUUGUCUCCCGGGGUGGUACACAUCUUCUACGACGAAGCCGGUGGGACUAUUGCCUUCAACACGGGCGGUAGCAUCUUCUGCAACUUGCGGUUCUUCCUCCAGCUCCACGCCACCCAGUUGACUGGCCAGAACCCAGGUGCCGCCAAGGCUGAAGCUGCAACUUGGUGGUGGGUCGUGUUUGCCCACGAGCUGGCUCACAACUUGGUCUCGCCUCACAACGCCGAGCACAGCUACUAUACCGAGUCGUUCAUCCAGCAGUACAUGGGCAAGAUGGUUGCCAAGACGAUGCAAUGGACGCAAGCCGGUGCACCAUUGCCUCAACGAGCUCUUCCCCCGCCUCCGCCAGCCGCGCCCCAACCGCGUGGGCCGGCGCAGAGCGACGCACCUCCUCCGCCGUAUACAAUCACCUCGAAUAGACGCGACAACAUGUUUGGUUAG